CCCUCCCAGAGCUGAUCCCGCAGUGUGAGGAAAAGCGACUCCGCUCCGACACAAACUCUUCAAACAAACCCAGCCGAGGCUUCACUGCGCGGUUUCACCGUCUCUAAACCCACACCGGGCCUUAAAGUGCGCGUUUCAGAGGUUUCCUCGCCUUCCUGUCUGCUGCUGAGGGCUAUUUUUCGGGGAAUUGGAGAAAGGGGAAAAGUUUUCAGCAGGACGGGAGUUUUUAAUCCUCCAUUUUGAAUUUGAAGAGCUUCAGUCAAGUUUUUGUUUUUUUUUGAACCUCUGAGAACAUGACUGCUAUCAACACCCCGAACAUCAACUUCAAAUGGGAUCCCAAAAGCCUGGAGAUUCGCACGCUGGCUGUGGAAAGGCUCCUGGAGCCACUCGUCACCCAGGUGACCACUUUGGUGAACUCGAGCAACAAGGGUCCGAGCAACAAGAAGAAGGGCCGCUCCAAAAAGGCCCACGUUCUGGCCGCCUCGGUGGAGAGCGCCACGCAGAACUUCCUGGAGAAGGGUGAGAAGAUCGCCAAGGAGAGCCAGUUCCUCAAAGAGGAGCUCACCGCCGCCGUAGAGGACGUCCGUAAGCAAGGAGAGUCCAUGCGUCAAGCCUCGGGUGAGUUUGCUGAAGACCCCUGCUCCUCGGUGAAGAGAGGGAACAUGGUGCGAGCGGCUCGCGCUCUUCUCUCAGCCGUCACACACCUGCUGGUGCUGGCCGACAUGUCCGACGUCUACCUGCUCCUUCUGCAGCUCAAACUGGUGGAGGAAAACUUGGCGAAGGUGCGUAACGCCGGGACCGAGCAGGAUCUGGGCAUCCAGUACAAAGCUCUGAAGCCUGAAGUGGAUAAACUCAACAUGAUGGCAGCCAAGAGACAGCAGGAGCUGAAGGACGUGCAGCACAAGGAGCAGAUGGCGGCGGCACGCGGCGUGCUGCAGAGAAACGUUCCCCUGCUGUACACGGCGUCCCGCGCCUGCCUGCAGCACCCGGACGUCGCCGCCUACAAGGCCAACCGAGAGCUCAUCUACAAGCAGCUGCAGCAGGCCGUCUCAGGAAUCUCCAACACGGCACAGGGCAUCAGCACCGAGGACUCCAGCCUGGGUCAGCACACGGGCCCGGGAGAGCUCGCCGGGGCACUCAACAACUUCGAUAAGCAGAUCAUCGUGGACCCCCUGAACUUCAGCGAGGAGCGCUUCCGCCCGUCACUGGAGGAGCGCUUGGAGAGCAUCAUCAGCGGCGCCGCCCUCAUGGCCGACUCGUCCUGCACGCGUGACGACCGCCGCGAGCGCAUCGUGGCCGAGUGCAACUCCGUGCGCCAGGCGCUGCAGGACCUGCUGUCCGAGUACAUGGGCAACGCUGGACGUAAGGAGAGAAGCGACGCUCUGAACACGGCCAUCGACCGGAUGACGAAGAAGACCCGAGACCUGCGCAGACAGCUGAGGAAGGCCGUGAUGGACCACGUCUCGGACUCCUUUUUGGAGACCAACGUUCCCCUGCUGGUCCUCAUCGAAGCGGCUAAAAACGGAAACGAGAAGGAGGUGAAGGACUACGCCCAGGUUUUCCGCGAGCACGCGAACAAGCUGAUCGAGGUCGCCAACUUGGCCUGCUCCAUCUCCAACAACGAGGAGGGCGUGAAGCUGGUGCGCAUGGCCGCGAUGCAGCUGGAGACGCUGUGUCCUCAGGUGAUUAACGCGGCGCUGGCUCUGGCCGCCAAACCCAACAGCAAGGUGGCCCAAGAUAACAUGGAUCUGUUCAAGGAGCAGUGGGAGAAGCAGGUGCGCGUGCUCACGGAUGCCGUCGACGACAUCACCUCCAUCGACGACUUCCUGUCUGUAUCCGAGAACCACAUCCUGGAGGACGUGAACAAGUGCGUGAUGGCCCUGCAGGAGAGGGACGUGGACGGGCUGGACCGCACUGCCGGCGCCAUCAGAGGACGAGCCGCCCGCGUCGUCCACGUCGUCACCUCGGAGAUGGACAACUACGAGCCUGGAGUUUACACCGAGAAGGUUCUGGAAGCCACCAAACUCCUGACUGAUACAGUGAUGCCACGUUUCACCGAGCAGGUGGAAGCAGCAGUGGAGGCUCUGAGCACGAAUUCUCAGCCAGUGGAGGAGAACGAGUUCAUCGACGCGUCCCGUCUGGUGUACGACGGCGUGAGGGACAUCAGGAAGGCCGUGCUCAUGAUCCGGACCCCUGAGGAGUUGGACGACUCUGACUUCGAGACCGAGGAGUACGAGACUCGCAGCAGGACCAGUGUCCAGACGGAGGACGAUCAGCUCAUCGCUGGACAGAGCGCCCGGGCCAUCAUGGCUCAGCUGCCUCAGGAACAGAAGGCGAAGAUCGCAGAGCAGGUGGCGAGCUUCCAGGAGGAGAAAAGCAAACUGGACGCCGAGGUCUCCAAGUGGGACGACAGCGGCAAUGACAUCAUCGUUCUGGCCAAGCAGAUGUGCAUGAUCAUGAUGGAGAUGACCGACUUUACGAGAGGAAAAGGGCCGCUGAAGAACACAUCAGAUGUCAUCAGCGCCGCGAAGAAGAUCGCCGAGGCGGGGUCUAGAAUGGACAAGCUGGGACGCACCAUCGCUGAUCAAUGUCCUGACUCAGCGUGUAAGCAGGAUCUGCUGGCCUACCUGCAGCGUAUCGCUCUCUACUGCCACCAGCUCAACAUCUGCAGUAAGGUGAAGGCUGAAGUGCAGAACCUGGGAGGAGAGCUCGUCGUGUCCGGGCUGGACAGCGCCAUGUCUCUGAUCCAAGCAGCCAAGAACCUGAUGAACGCCGUGGUGUCCACUGUGAAGGCCUCGUACGUGGCCUCCACCAAGUAUCAGAAAUCCCAGGGCAUGCAGAACCUCAACAUGCCGGCCAUCUCCUGGAAGAUGAAGGCUCCUGAGAAGAAACCUCUGGUGAAGCGCGAGAAGCAGGACGACGGUCAGACCAACAGAGUGAAGAGAUCUUCUCAGAAGAAGCAUGUCAACCCGGUGCAGGCUCUCAGCGAGUUCAAGGCCAUGGAUAGCAUCUAAGCAGCACCGUGUUCAAUCCUACCACAGUCCUGACCCACUUCCUGCUUAGAGAAUCGAUCUAACACACACACCCACCCACCCCUGAUUGAGUUUAUUCCCACACCGUGAGGCGUGUUAAAGCUGUGCAGGACAGUUAGCUCGAAACCACUGCUGUAGAUUCAUCCAUGACGGCUGCUUUUUAUUUCAAUCAUUCCUCUGAUUCGUUUCUUCCUCCUGCGUCUAUUUAUUCCACACUUUCAUUCUUCAGAGGACGUCUUUAGACACCAGUAUGACUAAGAAAAAAAAAUAAUCGGAUGAGGGAACUUUUUUUUUUUUAAAUCUUCUGCUGUGUACUGAUUAUUUUCCUAAUGUGUUGAAAUGUUUUAUUCGUUUUUACUCAGUUAUUUGAUAUUUUGAGCCUUCAAACGUUUUCUAGUCUCAGACCUAUGCAAACUUUUUUGCCUUACUCGCGCGAUAAUUCCAGAGCGUCUCACUCCACGCCUUGCUCUUUCGACACGACCAUUUUAGUUUCGAGACCAAAGUGAGCGUCUGUCGGUCUGUCCCGUAUUUCUACUCGUAUUUUUUGCAAAGUUUUAUAUUAACUGUCGAUUAAAAACACUAAAUAAAAGAAGCUUCUGAAACGUGCGUAUUAUGAUUUAUUAGCGUAUUUUUAAAUCAGCCUGAAAUCGUUGCUUAGUUUGAGCUGUUUAGCCAUUUCACGGUUAUGUUUUUACCACAUUUCUUCGUUCCUCCUGACCCGUCGGGGAAAGUUGUUCAAGUUCAGGAGCGUCCCUUUUCCUCUCCGACUGAUUUAAAAAUUAACUCGGGGCAGGGGAACGCUCGAGUGAGGUUGAAGUCGGUCCCCGAGAGCCACCAGGCUUCGUUGAUCAAGCACAAUUGACCCGCAAAUCACGGCUCUGCCCAUCAGCGCUUCUCGUUACUCGGUGUAUUAAACGCUAACGGAAACCUACAUCUCUCCCUGUGGCUUGAACACUAAUGAUCGGUUGUGACGGUGGCAAAUAUAUUUCUCUCUCUCUGUCUCUCGAAGCUCAACACGCGAAAAGUUUUUACAUGAGUGAAAUAAAGAAAUAUUUGAGAGAAGGUUAAAGGAUGUUUAAACAGUCGUGGUUUGUGUUUAAAUUUCUUUCGCAACUUUAUUAAAAUCACAAUCUCCGUAUUUACGAUUUGACCGGCUUGGGUUAGAGUUGCCUUUUUUUUUUUCUCUCUCUGCUUUGCCGUGAACAAUUUUUGAUCUUUUUUGUUUUCCAUACAGGUUGUAUCUCCUUUAAUUAAAAAAAAUAAAGUAUAUAUUCAGUGA